GCUCCGCGAUAGAGGGCGCCAGUGCGAUAGAUUCACGGGCUACUAUCAGACUCCAGUCUCUGGUAAUCUCUGGUAAUCUCUGUCACGAUGACAGUAAAUGCAAAAUUGUUCAGGUAUAGUUUGUUUUGGUUUGUUGUUUUGCUUGGAAAUAGUGGAAAAUUGUUUGGUUCACAAGUAUGCGAUCGUGGGGAAGUGUUCGAUCGAAAUUACUUGCUAUACGAUUUGAAUCCGGCCGAAGGUUUCAAUUUACGUCGUGAUGUCUUUAUACGGUUAGCAGUUUUUGUCAAAAGACUUCAGCAACAUGGAGACUGGGUUUUGGUGCUACCUCCCUGGGGUCCACUUCCUCAUUGGAAGUCCAACGAUAUAGGAGAUCAAUUCAAACUUCCCUGGAAAUUGUUUUUCAAUACUGAAAGUCUUAUAAAGUAUGUUAGCAUUACAGAACUAUCUGAUCUAUUAUCAGAAAAGAAAAAUCUGCUGAUCAACCAGCUCUUCUACUUGCAACAUUUUCAAGAUGGAUGGGAGAGUGGAAAAUGGGAAGAAAAAUAUAAGUUUGAAAAUUGCAUCAAUAAACUACCUUACAGAGAGACCAAAGAUGGUGCAAUCAAAGGCUGGUUUUGGGGUUAUGAAAAAAUCGAAGUUCGAAACAUUAGUUGUGUCUCAUUUCAAGGUCACUUUCGGAAACUCCUACCAAUUUUAUCACAGCACUCGAAGAAAUCUGGAGACAUAAUCAUGAUUGACCGAGGAGAAAUUCCUUUGCAUGAUGAUUAUGGGGGUGUUGAAUAUUGGAAGGUUCGGCGAAGCAUGCGUUAUUCAUUCAAGCUCUAUGCCUUGGCUAGUCAAUUCCGGCUCGAAUUUCUUCAGUCUGAUGACGAAACAGAUCGUACCUCUCUUCCGAGUGAUUGGAGAGAUGAAGUUCCUGGAGUGGUAGCAAAAGGUGGAGACUACGUCUGCGGGCAUUUGAGGAGGCAAGACUUCCUUUACGGAAGAUCUAAUGAUGUUCCCUCUUUAAAGCUGGCAGCAAAGAAAUUGGCGAAAACAGCUACGCUACUGAAUCUCCGGAACAUUUUUGUCGCAAGUGACGGAACUAAGAAAGAAAUGGAAGAAUUGCGAAGCUAUUUAUCGCCCAAGUAUCAGCUGUUUCUCUAUCUACCCAGUUUUGAAGUCCGCAAAGAGAUUUUGGACGGAGGAGUUGCCAUUGUUGAACAGAUAAUUUGUUCCAGGGCAAGGCAUUUUAUUGGAUCUUUCGAAUCGACUUUUUCGUUCCGCAUUCAAGAAGAGCGAGAAAUAUUGGGCUUCCCAUCCAAUUCCACGUUCAACCGCUUUUGUGCUGAUGACAAUGAUUCUUGCGAACAGCCAGCCAAGUGGAAAAAAAUAAUGUGAAAUGGACGCAAUAAAUGGCGUAGCUUUCUUGUAUUUCUUUUUGGAGUAAAUAACAAUAUUUUCUCCCAAGUCUGUCAUGCGUAACAGGCAUAGCCGUAAUAAUAAUGUCAACAGGGAACAUUUGACCUAAAUUCUACUCACGUAAGUCUUUACUAGAGGACACAUGUUUUGGACUGUUUCUGGGCUGCAAAAUGUCGAAACUAAACUCAUUUAUCUUUUUAUCUAACAUUUUGUGUUGUAAUUUUUUUUUUACUAUACCGGCAUGUUCACCUCCUUUUCGCAGUUGUGCUAUUCAAGAAUUUUCAUAUGGGCUGCUUAAGACACUGAGUUUAUCUCUGGGCCAAACAAAAUUUUAAAUGCUUUUAUUUUUUAUAAAUACAGUAUAAAGAAGAGUUCCAAUUAUCAAAUGAAA